UUUUUUUUUUUCUCAAGUUCCAAUCCCUCUUCUCCAACUAAACUACUGUAGCUCUCCAGUUCUCACAAACUUCUACGUCCUCUCCAUUAAUUCAUCUUCUCUCUGUUUCGUUGAUUCCAAUAGAAGCUCUGACCAAUUCAUCGUUGUUGAUUUUCUCAUCGUCAGAUUCCGUUUUGAGUUUCUGAUUUUUCAUAUCGAAAGUGUUGGUCUGAUCUGCCGCUUCGUUGCGUUGAACUAGAUUUGUGCGUUUGUUUCCUUGCUGGUAAUUUGCAGCUCUGGGCUUAUGAUCUUGAGUUAAUGGCCACGGAACCUUUGCACCUGGUUUUUUCGGGAGACUACCCUAUUUUGGUAUUGGUGCAGUGAGAGGAAACUUUAGUACGAAGAACUUUGGCCUCUGCUUUUGCUCUGACGAGAGGGGACGAGGAAGAUGGCAAAGAUGAUAAACAAGACGCUUGUACUAACGUAUAUCUACUUACUGAUCUACAUUAUACUCUCUUCAGGAGUUAUUCUGUACAACAAGUGGGUUUUAUCCCCAAAAUACUUCAACUUUCCACUUCCUAUAACGCUGACAAUGAUCCAUAUGGGGUUUUCCGGAUUCGUGGCCUUUCUUCUCAUUCGUGUGUUCAAGGUUGUCGCUCCAGUUAAAAUGACAUUUGAAAUAUACGCUACAUGUGUGGUACCCAUAAGCGCAUUCUUUGCAUCAAGCCUAUGGUUUGGAAAUACUGCAUAUUUGCACAUUUCUGUUGCCUUCAUUCAGAUGCUCAAAGCUUUAAUGCCAGUAGCAACAUUUAUCAUGGCAGUUAUUUGCGGCACUGACAAACCAAGGUGUGACGUGUUCUCGAACAUGUUGCUGGUCAGUGUUGGAGUUGUGAUAUCUUCCUAUGGGGAAAUUCAUUUCAAUGUAGUUGGCACGGUCUAUCAGGUCACAGGCAUAUUUGCUGAAGCUCUUCGACUGGUGCUAACUCAAGUUCUUCUCCAGAAGAAGGGGUUGACAUUGAACCCUAUCAACAGCUUAUAUUACAUAGCUCCCUGCAGUUUUGUGUUUCUGGCCUUGCCUUGGUAUGUUUUGGAGAAACCCACGAUGGAAGUUUCACAGAUUCAGUUCAACUUCUGGAUAUUUUUCUCCAAUGCUCUCUGUGCUCUUGCCUUGAAUUUCUCCAUAUUCUUAGUAAUCGGAAGAACAGGUGCAGUAACCAUCCGGGUAGCUGGUGUUCUCAAAGACUGGAUUCUCAUAGCCCUCUCCACCGUCAUAUUUCCUGAGUCCACCAUCACUGGGUUGAACAUCACCGGAUACGCAAUUGCGCUAUGUGGUGUCGUCAUGUACAAUUACAUCAAAGUAAGGGACGUAAAGGCGUCUCAAUCAACCGCCGACACUCUCCCAGAUCGAAUCAAUAAGGAGUGGAAGAUGGAGAAGAAGUCUUCAGAUAAAUUUAAUCCUGAUGACGGUGGAGAGAGCCUAAGAGUAGGAGCUGAGAUUAACGACGAGGAAGCCCCUUUGAUUACAUCCCGGUUAUCUCAUAUUGGUCGAACGCAGCUCGGAAAUCACGCCGCUUAAGUUGCUGCGAAAAAAGAAAUACCAAAAGAAAUGGUGCAGCAUCAUCCUAGACCGUGUGUCCUCGUCUCUAAGGUGAAAAAAUGUUUAGUUCUCUCUUCAACAUUUGCAACAUUAUUAAGAAAUAGAAUUAGCGGAGAUUAUUACCGAUGAUUAGCUUAAAAAAACUUAAAAGUCACAAAUUCGUUUGUAGUGAAUUGACAUUAAAAUUAUUAUAUUUGUGGUCUUUAUUUUUUCCAUCAUCAGUUCAUCAAUCAUCGUCACUUGAGUCAGGAUUCGUUUUCGUUCCAAUCCAAGAGUUCUGACUUGUGAGCAUCAUCUCUUAAAUAUAUCAAAUCGAUUUGCAUGUU